CUUGAGUUAUAAUCUGGUGAGGUUUCUGGAGAGUGUUGAUUUCAACCCGAUGCUUUCUAUUCAAGUCGUUUCAAUAAUAACCUUGACGGGUGCCACUAUUCUUCACGAGCUUGCUCAUCUCUGCUGGCAAUAUUUUCACCUGUCAGGGUCUAUGAGUGGGGUGACACCUUUUCAUGUUAGGUUUCCCCACCCCUCGAUCCCGUACUACAAAAAAGAUGGAGAAUUGGUAGACUUGACGCAGUCAGAUCCAAAUAACCCGAUCUUUGGCGAGUCAGGUUAUGCACUUGAAGGACUCAUCUUCAACGGUGUAUUACAUCCUGUAUAUAAGGAGGGCCAUAGAGGGGACCUGGCCCAUCUGGAUGGGCUAUACAUCAAGAGAGUGGUUGAUAACAAAUAUAUUCAUAGACGAAGAUAUGUCCUCGAUGUGGACUAUCUUUAUAGUCUGGCAAAUGCAUUUAUCGGUGUUGAGAACAAUGUGCCCAAUCUAUGGGUUGAUGGAAGCAUGCUAACUGCAAUUUUGCCAGCGCGAGUAUUCCAUAGCCAAAUCACUGACACCAAUCACUUCCGACCCGAUCACGAGGGCGAGCUGAAAUAUUAUGAUCCCGUGGAAGGAACGCUUAUGGACUUUAGACUUGUGGAUCGGGCCUUUGAGGAUUUCGAUGACUUUGAAGAAACCUUUGGGUUACGCCAUUGACUCAGAAGGUUACCGGCCUAUGUGCCUCGUGUUAUCAAUGUCAUGAAGCAGUUAUAAAGAGUCAAUAGGAAUGUACCCCGACCUUGUAUAUACUUAUCCAAUGUACUGUGAAUUAUGAGUGGUUUUACCUAUC